AUACCGUUUGUUCUAUACACAGCUGUUUUCAGAGAUUCGGCCCAGAAAACAUGUUGCUCUUGUAAAGUCGAGGAAAAGUCUAAAGAGUUAAAUUAAAAACAUUGCCAAUAUGCAGGAGGGUGACGAGCAGGAGUUCAACUGCAUUGACGAGGCGAAUGCCAUCAUAAACGAUGUCAAGGCGCAUGUGGCUGAAAUAGCAAUAUCGUCCAAGCUGGCCAGCAGUGCCACGCAGAUUUAUCUUAACAUUCGCACCAUAGAGAGUGCCACCUGCUGCGUAGAAGUGACUAAUCGAGGAUUUAAAAUAGUCUCCUCGCAAUACGACACCAUCGAUGAAGACAAGGCACUAAGGUCGGUAGUGUUGGAGAACGGCGACGUGGAGCCGGCUGAGGAGAUAUUUGAGACGCCCUAUGCGCUGCUAGACAAGAUUAGUCCACGCUAUGUGGAAUCUUUUGGCAAUAAGCUGUGUCAGCAGCUGCGGCAACUACAGCAAAUGCGCACUGAAUUCCAUGAAGAGGACGAAGAGGAGGAGGAGGAGGAUGAGUAACUAAAAGGCACUCUCCGAAAGAACAACUUCAAACUGAGGCUGUACUCAUUAAACACAAGAUUUUAAUGUUAGUUUAUUUAUGUAUUUUAUGUACUCGUAACCGUGAAAGUAUUUCGGAUCGUGUAACAACCCAAAAUCG